CAUGAUCCAAUUACCUCCACCUGGUCUCACCCUUGACAUGUAGGGAUUAUUGGGACUAUAAUUUGAGGUGAGAUUUGGAUGGGGACACAGAGCCAAACCGUAUCAAGUGUUAUCUAUGAAUUAGGAGGCAGGCCCUCAGCAGACACUGAAUCUGCUGGUGCUUUAAUCUAAGGCUUCCCAGCUUCUAGAACGGUGAGAAAUAAAUUUCUGUUGUGUAUAAGCCAUUCAGUCUAUGGAUGUCUGACCCCACUUGCCCCCGCUCACCAUCUUCCAGCCACACACCCCUUCUUUCUAGUCUCCAAACACUAAUCUGGCUUCUCCUGGAGACUUCACUCUUGUUCCCUCUGCUUGGAAUUCUUUGAAGCCAGAACGUUGCAAGCUCCAUUCUUUCUCAUCCUUCUUUAGUCAGCUCAAGACGCCACCACCACAGAAAAGUCUCCUUUGACCAUCCAAGCAUUCUCUCUCCCAUCACCCUGUUUUUUCUUCAUAGCUCUUCUUGCAAACUGCAGUUACUUAUUUAUUAUAUUUUGUUUCCUCUGCCAGCCUGGGAACUCCAUGAGGGCAGCGAUCUUGUCUGUCGUGGUCGCCACUGUGUUCCCAGCUCGUAGACUACGGCCCAGCCCUUGGCGCUCAAGGAUUAAGAAAUUGCUUUAGCUUAAGGAAUUCUAGAAUCACUUUCUCCUGACAGAGCCGACUCUAAUCAAGUGAGAAAGGUGAAGGCUGUGGCUGCCUGUGCCCAAGGCGUGACGGUUCGGCCCAAGGCCCAGCCUCCUCCCCGCCCCUGUUCUUGUCCUCCCCCGACGGGUCUCGAUAAAGUUCGUUUGAUGGCGCGCCGCGCGGGGGCUUCUGGGAACGGCCAGCGUUGGCCAAUCAGGAAGCGGGGGAGAGCGGCGCGAGAAGCGGCGGCCGCGUACUUCAGCCGGCACCCAAGCGGCGGAGACAGCUGUUGUACAAGGAUCUGUAUCUCCAAUGGAUACUGACGGCUUUGGUGAGCUCCUUCAGCAAGCUGAACAGCUUGCUGCUGAGACUGAGGGCAUCUCAGAGCUUCCCCAUGUGGAACGGAACUUACAGGAGAUCCAGCAGGCGGGUGAGCGCCUGCGUUCCCGAACCCUCACACGCACGUCCCAGGAGACAGCAGAUGUCAAGGCGUCAGUUCUCCUUGGAUCUCGGGGACUUGACAUAUCCCACAUCUCCCAGCGACUGGAGAGUCUGAGUGCAGCCACCACCUUUGAGCCUCUCGAGCCUGUGAAGGACACAGACAUUCAGGGAUUCCUAAAGAAUGAGAAGGACAAUGCCCUGCUGUCUGCCAUUGAAGAGUCCCGGAAGAGGACCUUCGGCAUGGCUGAGGAGUACCAUCGAGAGUCAAUGUUGGUUGAAUGGGAGCAAGUGAAACAGCGAAUUCUGCACACACUGCUGGCGUCAGGAGAAGACGCCCUUGACUUUACUCAAGAAAGCGAGCCAAGCUACAUCAGUGAUGUGGGACCCCCUGGUCGAAGCUCUCUGGAUAGCAUCGAGAUGGCCUAUGCCCGGCAGAUUUAUAUCUAUAAUGAGAAGAUUGUAAAUGGACACCUGCAGCCUAACCUGGUGGACCUUUGUGCUUCCGUUGCGGAGCUGGAUGAUAAGACGGAGUUUCGCUGUUGUUAUCCAGGCUGGAGUGCAAUGGCACGAUCUCGGCUCACCGCAACCUCUGCCUCCUGGGUUCAAAACAUUUCUGACAUGUGGACCAUGGUGAAACAAAUGACAGACGUGUUGUUGACACCAGCAACUGACCCCCUGAAGAAUCGCAGCAGCGUGGAAGUGCGCAUGGAGUUUGUCAGGCAGGCCUUGGCGUACCUUGAGCAGAGUUAUAAGAAUUACACCCUUGUGACUGUCUUUGGAAAUUUGCAUCAGGCCCAACUGGGUGGGGUGCCUGGGACUUACCAGUUGGUUCGAAGUUUCCUGAACAUUAAACUUCCAGCUCCCUUGCCUGGACUACAGGAUGGAGAGGUGGAAGGCCAUCCUGUGUGGGCCCUGAUUUACUACUGCAUGCGCUGUGGAGACCUGCUUGCUGCUUCACAGGUAGUUAAUCGAGCCCAGCACCAACUGGGAGAGUUUAAAACCUGGUUCCAGGAGUACAUGAACAGCAAGGACAGAAGAUUGUCCCCAGCUACAGAAAACAAGCUCCGGCUGCAUUACCGCAGGGCUCUCAGGAACAAUACAGAUCCCUACAAGCGGGCUGUGUACUGUAUCAUUGGCAGAUGUGAUGUCACUGACAACCAGAGUGAAGUGGCGGACAAAACUGAGGACUACCUGUGGCUGAAGUUGAACCAAGUGUGUUUUGACGACGAUGGCACCAGCUCCCCACAAGACCGGCUCACUCUCUCACAGUUCCAGAAACAGUUGUUGGAAGACUAUGGCGAGUCACACUUUACAGUGAACCAACAGCCCUUCCUCUACUUCCAAGUCCUAUUCCUGACAGCACAGUUUGAAGCUGCAAUUGCCUUUCUUUUUCGCAUGGAGCGGCUGCGCUGCCAUGCUGUCCAUGUGGCACUUGUGCUGUUUGAGCUGAAAUUGCUUUUAAAGUCCUCCGGACAGAGUGCUCAGCUCCUCAGCCAUGAGCCUGGUGACCCUCCUUGCAUGCGGCGGCUGAACUUUGUGCGGCUCCUCAUGCUCUACACCCGGAAGUUUGAGUCCACGGACCCAAGGGAAGCCCUUCAGUACUUCUAUUUCCUCAGGGAUGAGAAAGAUAGUCAAGGAGAAAACAUGUUUCUGCGCUGUGUGAGUGAGCUUGUGAUUGAAAGCCGAGAGUUCGAUAUGAUUCUUGGGAAACUAGAGAAUGAUGGAAGUAGAAAGCCUGGAGUCAUAGAUAAAUUUACUAGUGACACAAAGCCUAUUAUCAACAAAGUUGCUUCCGUGGCAGAAAAUAAGGGACUAUUUGAAGAGGCAGCAAAGCUGUAUGACCUUGCCAAGAAUGCUGAUAAGGUACUGGAACUGAUGAACAAACUGCUGAGCCCUGUCGUCCCCCAGAUCAGUGCCCCGCAGUCCAACAAGGAGAGGCUGAAGAACAUGGCGCUCUCCAUUGCCGAACGGUAUAGGGCUCAAGGAAUAAGCGCAAAUAAAUUUGUGGACUCUACGUUCUAUCUUCUUUUGGACUUGAUCACCUUUUUUGACGAGUAUCAUAGUGGCCAUAUUGAUAGAGCUUUUGAUAUAAUUGAACGCUUGAAGCUGGUGCCUCUGAACCAGGAAAGUGUGGAAGAGAGAGUGGCCGCCUUCAGAAAUUUCAGCGAUGAAAUCAGGCACAACCUCUCAGAAGUGCUUCUUGCCACCAUGAACAUCUUGUUCACACAGUUUAAGAGGCUCAAGGGGACAAGUCCAUCCUCGUCGUCCAGGCCCCAGCGAGUCAUUGAGGACCGUGACUCUCAACUCCGAAGUCAAGCCCGAACCCUGAUUACCUUUGCUGGAAUGAUACCCUACCGAACGUCUGGGGACACCAAUGCAAGGCUGGUGCAGAUGGAGGUCCUCAUGAAUUAAGUGCCAUGCUUUGCGGGCUUCUGGGUCUGCACAUUGUCAGUACAUCAGGCACAUGGGCCCACUAGGGUGGGGUUUCUGGUUUUGUUUCUGUUGUGUUUUGGUUUGGUUUCUGUAUUAUGUAUUUUUGUCAACCCCAAUAAAUUUCUUUGAUUUGUA